CAAUGUACUAUGUGUCUAGCUUGUGUACAGAAUACAGUCUUGAUCCAAUUGUGAUCCAUGCCACUUAGACUAAGCAAUAACUGUUAAAACUUCAAAUUCAUUCACAAAAUGUAAUAAGGUCUCCAAAAGAGAGAAUGGCAAAGACUUUGAGAAGUUCCAUUUGCAGUGGGCAAAGACUUGACGUACUCAAACUAAACAAAGCUGGAUAUUUGGAACUUUCUUGACUUUAGGCUGCCCAUCCAGCGUUACUACUCAAUUCUGCACAGACUGGAAGCCACCUCAAUUGCCAUAAAUUCCAUACAAAAGGUCAAUGUCCACUUUGGGGACCAGGCCAGUUAAGAAGCACCCAAAUAAUGAAAGCACCACACCCAUCCACUAAUUUAACGUCGCGUUAUCAAGCUGGCAUAUUGCCCAUGAAUUCUUCAUCUUCUUAGCCAGGAACCUUCUUGUCUCGUUCUCACUCGGCCAAGUAUAAAAAGACAUUCCCAAUGCUGAUGUCCUCGCUCAAAUCCAAAGCUAUCUGAUCAUAUACUAGCAUAUAAAUUAACCCCCGCUUCAAUUCUUCUCUAGAAUUUCACCUUACGAUUUUCAUACUAGGGAUUUCUUCCAGUUAGUAUUAUUACCAAAAUCUAAACCAAUGGCCUAUACAGGGUAUGCUACCCCAAUCAAGAUCUCCAUCUGUAUCUUACUUCUUUCAUUAUUGCUCAAUUUUGCUUCUGCGGGGAGGCUGCUUAGUAAGACAGGCCAAGGCCAAGAACAAGAUCCUAUGGUCUUCAAAUACCACAAUGGCCCUCUUCUCACAGGAAAGAUCUCAAUCAACCUUAUUUGGUAUGGAAGAUUCAAUCCCUCCCAAAAGGCCAUCGUAACUGAUUUCAUCACCUCACUGUCCUCCCCUUCCCUGUCCUCCCAAGUCCAACCAUCAGUUGCCACGUGGUGGAAAAACAUCGAGAAGUAUUACACCAAAAUCAAAUCCAAGAAAUCCUCCUCACUCCAUCUCUUUCUGGGCAACCAAAAUUUGGAUGAAAAUUACUCUCUGGGCAAAUCCCUGAAGAUGCAACAGAUUGAACAAUUGGCAGCAAAUGGCGAUCAAAUGAAUGCCAUCAACGUAGUCUUGACUUCAUCCGAUGUCGUGGUCGAUGGGUUUUGCUCUAGCAAAUGUGGCACCCAUAGCUCUCUCCGUUCGAGGGCCGCAAUCAAGGGCAAGUACCCAAGAUUUGCUUACAUUUGGGUUGGAAAUUCUGAGACUCAGUGCCCAGGUCAAUGUGCCUGGCCAUUCCACCAGCCUGUUUAUGGACCACAGAGCCCACCAUUGAUUGCACCAAACAAUGACGUGGGUGUUGAUGGGAUGAUUAUCAAUUUGGCUAGUCUUUUGGCUGGGGUAGUUACCAAUCCUUUUGGAAAUGGGUAUUUUCAGGGACCAGCUGUUGCACCGCUCGAGGCCGCUGCUGCUUGUCCUGGAAUAUAUGGCAAAGGAGCUUACCCGGGCUAUGCAGGAGAUUUGCUGGUUGAUGCUACAACUGGUGCUAGCUAUAAUGCACAUGGCAGCAAUGGGAGAAAGUAUUUGCUUCCUGCGCUGUAUGAUCCUUCAACUUCUACUUGUUCCACUUUGGUGUGAGGGGAAAAAAAAAAACAAAAAAACAAAGUUAUUGUACUGAACGAUAGAGACACUGAUAUAUAGGUGCUGUAGAAUUGAUUCAUUCAUUCUUUAAUAUCAAAAUAUUAUACAAGCGAAACUACUCUACCACA